GGUGUUCCCCUCUCAGCAGCCAGACUCCUUGAAAUACCCUUUCAGUAAUUCUACCAACGCUUCCAUGUCUCUUCUCUGCCAUAACAAAGGCUGUGGGCAGCACUUUGACCCCAAUACCAAUCUUCCUGAUUCCUGUUGCCAUCACCCUGGCUUCCCAAUCUUCCAUGAUGCACUUAAGGGUUGGUCCUGCUGCCGAAAGCGAACUGUAGAUUUCUCUGAGUUCUUAAACAUCAAGGGCUGUACUAUGGGACCACAUUGUGCUGAGAAGCUUCCUGAGACCCCUCAACCUGAGGGCCCUGCUACAAGCAGUUUACUUCAGGAGCAAAAACCUCUGAAUGCGAUUCCAAAGUCAGCAGAGACUUUGCGCCGGGAGAGGCCCAAGUCAGAGUUGCCUCCGAAGCUGCUGCCACUAAAUAUAUCCCAAGCCCUGGAAAUGGCAUUGGAACAGAAGGAGCUAGACCAGGAACCUGGGGCAGGACUUGAGAGUAGUCUGGUCCGGACUGGUUCCAGCUGCCAGAACCCAGGAUGUGAUGCUGUUUACCAAGGCCCUGAGAGUGAUGCUACUCCAUGUACUUACCACCCAGGAGCACCUCGAUUCCAUGAGGGGAUGAAGUCUUGGAGCUGUUGUGGCAUCCAGACCCUGGAUUUUGGGGCAUUCCUGGCACAGCCAGGGUGUAGAGUUGGUAGACAUGACUGGGGGAAGCAGCUGCCAGCAUCUUGCCGCUAUGAUUGGCACCAGACAGAGUCCUUAGUAGUGGUGACUGUAUAUGGCCAGAUUCCACUUCCUGCAUUCAACUGGGUGAAAGCCAGUCAAACUGAGCUUCAUAUCCACACUGUCUUUGAUGGUAACCGUGUGUUCCAAGCACAGAUGAAGCUCUGGGGGGUCAUAAACGUGGAGCAGAGCUCUGUCUCCCUGAUGCCAUCUCGGGUUGAAAUCUCCCUGGUUAAGGCUGACCCAGGACCCUGGGCCCAGCUGGAACAUCCUGAUGCACUAGCUGAGAAGGCUAGGGCAGGGGUUGUCUUAGAGAUGGAUGAGGAAGAAUCUGAGGAUUCAGAUGAUGAUCUGAGCUGGACAGAGGAGGAAGAAGAGGAGGAAGCAAUGGGGGAAUAGAGACAUCAGACAGUUGAAUGUCUAGAUAGUAUCUCAAUGACUCCCUUAGAAUCUCAGAGACCAGGAUGUGGUUGGCCAUGUGGUGUCAUUGAGCAGCAAGAGGCUGAAGUAGGGCAAAACAAAGCUGUCCAAACCAUGCUGUUUUUUCUCUUAAAUAAAUCUUCUGUUCUACAGUUUCA